GUUAUAACCUUUGUACUUUCCCAACCUGUUCCAUUUUAGGACAAAAACCCAGGUUCUUUUCCCAAAGAAUUGAGCAAUUGUAUGGGGAAAGAAAUGAUUGUCAAGCUAAAGAUCAAAGAAAGCAAUAUUAGGUAUCGAAAUAGCAGUAUGGGUGUUAUCCAGUUCUCUACUGAUAAAAAGAUGCUGGAAAACUUUGCGUACUCUGCUACCAAGGGAAGUCAACCUAAUGAAUCUGAGAAUAUCACUCAUGAGAAGGCUACAGUCGACACUUCAUCAUCACAACCAACAACAUUGUUGUCAUGUGGCAUGCUGGAUGUGGAUAAUGAUCUCUUAAGAUCUCAAUUGCAUGGCUCUCCGAACACAUUGUCUAAGCGUAAAAAAAAUCCACCUGAUUCAUCAAUUGACGAUGACGAGACGAGAUUGUCUGCCGACGCAACUACAAAGUCCAGCUACGUGAAGCCCUUGAAGAACAUAAAAAAGGAGAAGGAAGAUAAAGAUUGA